AUGGAAGCAAUACCACCGAUCAAGCAGGAGGAGGUGCAACAGGACCUUGAGGCGGAAGGAGUCCCGUUGAAGACUGACGAAGAAGCGGCAAACCUGGACCUCGACGAAGAGGAAUUGCUCCUGAAGCUCCGACUGAUUAGACUCAAGCGCAAACGCCUGCAAGCUAAAGCGGAACAGAGGCAAAGUUCAGCUCAAUCCGCUACGCCAUCGAUAACACGGUCUGUCUCUACUACUUCCGAGCACCAACGCAUAUCAACUACAUCUCUUCCAAUUCAUCCUGGCCCAGUGCUUAUUGACCUCCUAUCUGACGACGAAGAGCCACAUAUCAAGUUGGAGGCGAACCAUGAUUCGAAGUCGAAGUCUGUACCCAGUCUAGAGCCGAUUGUGCCAUCCACAGAAGACACGGCAAUGACUGGUGUGACCAGCGAACUCUUAAGCGAGGAGGGAAGAGCACGUUCUCCGUCUAGACAAAGGACGGAAGAGAGCCUAUCUAUGCACAGAAGCCGAGACGCACCAAUAAGAGGCGCUAGCGAGGAUCAGGCAGCAGACCACAGAGCAUCGGUACCAUCAGAAGCAAGCAAGACGACCAUGUUAGCACCAAGGAGCCAGCCACAAGUACGUGGCCCGAGGAAGAAGUUGGACAAACUCAAGAUACGCCUCCGUACAUCGAUACCCAACAAACCCAUAUCAGCAGGCACACCAGCUCCUCCCUUGCAGCAUCGGCCAACAAAGCGCAGCACUCUCCAACAGAAAGUGGUAACGGAACCACUCAUGAAGCCAAGGAAGAAACGCCUUACGAGAAAAGAACAACUCGAACAAGAAGCUGGGGAGCUGCGUGACAGCGAGUCCACCACUGAUGUGUACAUUCGAGAUCCACGAACACGCCCACCAGAAGGCGCAUACAGCUUCGGCUUGACGAUGGACGACACCCAACGCAUGCUGGCUCGCUUCUGCUUGCGGACAAUGGAGUAUAUAUGUUCUUGGCUGUGCCUUACUGGAGAGGCGGCGUCCACCGCGGAAGUAACGACGCUCUUGAGCCCGAUAAGGCAGAGGGUGUGCGCCUCUGGGUAUGCGUCUAUCGAAGAUUUGGUCAAAGACGUCGGAUCUUUGAUAAAGAUUCAGGUAUUCGGCGGCUGCGAUGAGCCCUACAUCAGAAGAUACCUUCAGGAGCAGGAGGACAACUGGAGAAAUUGUCAACUACUAUGUGAACAAGAACGUGACGAUGAGAAGCGAAUGGGGAUAGUGGAUGAUUGGGUAGUGCUUGCAGAAAAGGGCUAG